CUGGCUUCUAAACCAUUGGACCUGAUGUUUGCAUUGCGUUCGUGAGCAUCAAUCGUUUUCCUUACAAAUUCCACUCCUCCACUUAGCUUCUCUUCACUGUAUUCUCUACAUGUCUCUCCUUCUUUGCUUCCUCCUAUUCUCCCUGUACCCUCCGAGAAUCUCUGCCGCCACAGACACCGUGUCACCUGGCCAUGCACUCACCGGAAGCGAUAGGCUUGUCUCCAACAACAGCAAGUUCGUGCUCGGCUUCUUCAAGACGGAGAGUAAGAACUCCUCCUAUGCCAGCCACAACUCUUACCUUUGCAUAUGGUACAGCAAGCUCCCUAUGAUAACUCCUCUGUGGUCCGCCAAUGGCGAAAACCCGGUCGUGGACCCCGCUUCGCCGGAGCUGGCAAUAUCAAGUGAUGGAAACAUGGUCAUCUUGGAUCAGGUUACCAAGAACAUCAUAUGGUCCACCCAUGUGAACACCAGAACCAACCACACCAUUGUAGUGUUGUUGAACAACGGGAAUCUUGUACUGCAGAGCUCCUCAAACUCAUCCAAGGUUUUCUGGCAGAGCUUUGACUACCCGACAGAUAGCCUUUUCGCUGGCGCAAAGAUUUUCAGGAACAAAGUGACUGGCCAGAAGAACCGUCUUGUUUCUAGGAAAAAUUCGAUUGACCAGGCUGCUGGUUUAUACUCGGUGGAGUUUGAUAUCAAUGGUACUGGUCAUUUGUUAUGGAACUCAACUGUAGUAUAUUGGUCCACUGGGGAUUGGAAUGGGCAUUUCUUCGGCUUAGCGCCAGAGAUGAUUGGCGCAACCAUACCCAAUUUCACUUAUGUCAACAAUGACAGAGAGGUUUACCUCUCAUAUACCCUGACGAAGGAGAAGAUUACACAUGCUGGAAUAGAUGUCAAUGGUCGAGGUUUGGCAGGUAUAUGGUUGGACAGCUUGCAGAAUUGGUUGAUCAACUACAGGAUGCCCAUACUUCACUGCGAUGUUUACGCAAUCUGUGGACCUUUCUCAGUCUGCAAUGACAGUAACAAUCCAUUCUGUGACUGCUUGAAGGGUUUCUCUAUAAGAUCACCCAAGAAUUGGGAUCUAGAAGAUCGAUCAGGAGGUUGUAUGAGGAAUACUCCUUUAAAUUGUGGCAGUACCAUGAACAAGAAAGGGUUCACAGAUAAGUUCUACUGUGUGCAAAACAUUAUAUUGCCCCAUAAUGCCAUGAGUGUGCAGACAGCUGGCAGUAAAGAUCAAUGCUCAGAAGUUUGCUUGAGCAAUUGCUCCUGUACUGCAUAUUCCUAUGGGAAAGGAGGAUGCUCUGUUUGGCAUGACGCGCUGUAUAAUGUAAGGCAACAAUCUGAUGGAUCUGCUGAUGGAAAUGGGGAAACUCUUUACAUUCGCGUUGCUGCAAAUGAGGUGCAAAGUGUGGAAAGGAAGAAAAAGAGCGGAACCGUCAUUGGUGUCACCAUUGCUGCAAGCAUGAGUGCUUUGUGUUUGAUGAUAUUUGUACUGGUGUUUUGGAUGAGAAAACAGAAAUGGUUUUCUCGUGGAGUGGAAAAUGCUCAGGAAGGCAUUGGGAUCAGGGCAUUUCGAUAUACCGAUUUGCAAUGCGCAACCAAAAAUUUUUCAGAGAAGUUGGGGGGAGGAAGUUUUGGUUCUGUGUUUAAGGGAUACCUAAAUGACUCAAUUAUCAUUGCAGUGAAAAGGCUUGACGGUGCCUGCCAAGGAGUGAAGCAAUUCAGAGCUGAAGUAAAUUCAAUUGGGAUAAUCCAGCAUAUCAAUUUAGUUAAACUGAUAGGGUUUUGCUGUGAAGAUGGUAAGAAGUUACUUGUGUAUGAAUACAUGACAAACCGCUCCCUCGAUGUGCAUCUAUUUAAGGAUAAUGAUAAAGUUUUGGAGUGGAAUAUUAGGUACCAAAUAGCUAUUGGAGUUGCCAAAGGCCUUGCUUACUUGCACGAUAGUUGUCGAGAUUGCAUUAUACAUUGUGAUAUCAAGCCAGAGAAUAUACUUCUUGAUGCAUCUUUUGUUCCCAAAAUAGCAGAUUUUGGAAUGGCAAAGGUUUUGGGGAGAGAAUUUAGUCAUGCUCUUACUACAGUAAGAGGAACUAUUGGAUAUCUUGCCCCUGAAUGGAUUAGCGGGACUGUUGUUACAUCUAAAGUAGAUGUUUACAGCUAUGGGAUGGUUUUGUUUGAAAUAAUAUCAGGAAGGAGGAACUCAAAUCAAGAAUAUUGUAGGGGUCAUUCGGCCUAUUUUCCUAUGCAAGUUGCCCGCCAGCUUAUCAAUGGAGGGAUUGAAAAUUUGGUGGAUGCAAAAUUACAUGGUGAUGUGAAUCUCGAGGAGGUUGAACGAGUUUGCAAAGUUGCUUGUUGGUGUAUUCAAGACAGUGAGUUUGACCGCCCGACAAUGGGCGAGGUGGUGCAAUUCCUAGAGGGUCUACUAGAACUCAAAAUGCCACCAUUGCCAAGACUACUGAAUGCUAUCACGGGAGGUUCACAUUCAACGUCACUGCUACCUAUAGAUUUACAAUAAAUUUGUUUGCUGGUUUGUAAUUAACAGUACUCCAUUAAAACAUUAUAACAUAUCAUGCCUUUUAAGGAAGUAAGGCGUGGCAUAUAGCAUGUAAAAUUUCUAUGAAUUUGGUGUUUCUGAUAUGUAAUACUUACAUACCAUAGACUUGUCAAAUUGUCAAUUGAGAUGCUUUUAAGCAACACAAGGAUGAUUGCCUUGUAUGUUCA